GAAGUAAAGUGGUCAGUGGUAGCUAGCAAAAGUGGUUAACAGUUAACUCAGGCAGUUUACCUUCCCAAAAAGUAUACUUAACUGGGUGUGUCUCCCAUAGACACCAAUGCAAUAGCAGCUGGGUCUGACUUCCAUGGAAACAGGAGAAAAAAACAGCGAGUCGCUUCCUCUUCCGUCUCUGACCAAAAUAACCUCGGUUAUGGAUGUGUUAGCCAAAGCUGCGGUGGCAGAAAUAAGUAAAAUGUUCGAUGAUGGUUUUACUGUUUUACGCUUGGAAAUGUGUCGAAGAGAAAAUGAAAUCGAAGCGUUAAAAAGAAAAUUAUUGUUUGUGGAGAACGAACGGCAAAGGACGACGUCCAAAGCGCGAGAAGCAGGCUGUUCUUCAACAUGCUCUUUGUCUUCCAGCAGAACAGAGCAGGGGUCCAAGGGGUCUGAUAAGGAUGCUGGUGAAAGGACUUCAUUUGAGCAGACCGCGAGAGACAAAGUGUUCACACCUAAAGAUGACCAACUGGAUCAAAAUAGACCACAGCCACCUAAAGAAUCAGUAGUGGGGCUUAAUGAACAGUACAGGUCUGGCCAGCAAGAGGAGAAGGGUAGUGGACUAGAAUUAGUGGUGAAGACCGAGCAAGAGGAGGAGUAUGACGUUAUUUCACUACAUACAUCAGGAAGUGAACAUGGCACAGAGAGAUCAGAUCAUCAGGAAACUGAGUUUGCCAUGGAUGACCGAGAGAGUCAGCUGUGGGCGUCUGUAUCAGAGAUCAACUGUGACUCUGAGGGUCCUGAUUGCUCUUAUGGUACAGAACAAUAUACACAGGAUCUCAAUACAGACAUACAGCUUAUUCAAAGUGCAGUGCAGGGUCUGGAUAGCGAUCCAUCAUCAGAGAUGGGGUACAUAAACAGACUAAUGAAAGAAGAGAUGCGAGCACAGUCUGUUUGGAAUGACCGAAGUAGGACCUCUACAGAUUUGGUUCAGGCACAACCAGGUCAGCACAGAGAGCAAACUAUGCACCCAGAGAGAAGGGAGGAUGGAACUACUACCAGAGUGCCAUCAGACAAACAAACGCGAGCCAAUGAGAGUGGAGCAUAUUCCAACGUUUGGCUAAACAAUGUAUUCUCGUUUGCCCCAAAUGGUUUCAACUCCCCAAAACUAGCCGCACAGGGAACCCCAGCCGGAGAGAAGCGGUUUGUUUGUACCUACUGCGGAAAGAGCUUUGACUGGGUCAGCCACUUGGAGAUGCAUCAACGGAUUCAUACGGGAGAGAAACCGUACAACUGUGUGACGUGUGGGAGGUGUUUUGCUCAGCAGAGUAAUCUCCGCACACACCAGCGAGUACACAGGGGUCUCAGAGCAAAGCCAACAGUCUACUGAUGGUUAUCACCAUGAAGAGACAAUUAAGAACAUUCUAGAGAAACCAGCUGGGGCCCGCCCCACACAUUAUGAAACAACCUCAUUAACCACGUUUCCAUCCAGUUUUUAUGCGAGGAAAGUCAUACCAUAUUAAAACAAAAUCACAGCUGUGAUGUUUCAGUGCAAUUUCAUAAAUUCUGACAGAUCAUU